UCUCACCAAUCUGCGGCUGUGGGGCUGGGAUAAGGGGCGCCCUUCGGCCAAUGCAAAUGCCCCUCCCCACACCCGCGAGCCCCUCCGCCCUUGGAUGCAUGUGGCGAUCAAUGCACCUGCAGCGAACCCUAGAGACUGAAGCUGCAUAUUCAAAAUUCUAAACAUGCCUUUGGUCAAGACCACAGCCCCGUUCACUGCCAGCCCCUGCAGAUGCCACUGAGCCGCCAGGCUCCUCAGCCAACUGCCUCUGUCCUCUCAGCGACCCAAACAGCGCGGCCUACAGCGUCUGCUAUUAAAACUAGCCAGCAGGAGGGGGGGAAAAUGAACGAGGUAAAAGAAUGUCUGAGAAACAUAGAACAGACUUACAAGAUCUUCCAGCAACAGCAGUUUACAUUUAUUGCAGCACUGGAACACACCCGAGAGGAUGCACACGACAAGAUCAGGCCUGUAGCAAGUAUUGGACAGGUGCAGGCAUACAUGGAUCAUCACUGUAACAACACUACCGACAGACGCAUCCUCCUCAUGUUCUUGAACAUCUGUAGUGAACUGAACAAACUCUGCCAAAAGCUAGAAGCUCUGCAUCCUGGUACCAGUGUAACGAACAAUAUUUUGGAGAAAUGCAAGCUGCUUGUUAGCCCCAGCAAUGACCUGAGCACCAUCCGAGCCAAGUACCCUCAUGAUGUGGUGAAUCACCUGAGCUGCGAUGAAGCAAAGAACCACUACGGAGGUGUGGUGAGCCUCAUACCCAUAGUGCUGGACUGCAUGAAAGCAUGGGUGGCCCACAGUGAGAAGUUGCCUCGGAACUUCCUGCAUAAUGUGAGUGAUGGAAAUGCUGACUCUCAGAAGAGAACACAGCAGGAUGUGUCAGCAAAGGCAUCUACUCCCCUAGGCCCACAUCCUGCUACCCUCACUACUGCUACUCAGACCUUGGUUAGUUACAAAGACUAUUCACAAGAGCAGAACAGUAAACAUGGUAAAAAAGAGCAUCUGAAUGGCACAGGGAGAAACACUUGGAAAUAUCUCAAUGGUCCCUGGAAGCCACCUGGGAAACACUCCUUUUAGAAGGACCAAAGCUCAUACAUCUUUUGGAUUGAUGUGACUGGUUAUUAAAUAUGGUCUCCAGUAUUCACUUCAGUUGUUCCCUCCCGUCUUGACCCAAGUUCUGAAUAUAUGUAGACCCUAAGUCUCCAAAAGCAGAUAAAUCUAAGUCUUAUCAGACGCCUCUUUAUGGAGAUCCAGAAAAAAAAAGUGGGAACAGGGGUAGUGUAUGUCACAUGUAUUCCUCCUUAACAGGGCUACUGGUGAGGGCAGAAGAUGGAGUUAGAACUAAUCAGAUUCUGGUCUCUCACCAAUGCUGUGUCUUGGGCAAGUCACUUGAAGUCCAAUUCUAUGACUUCCUAUCUGAUUUUUUCAGGUUACAGGUUGCUCAGAUUCACUGCUGUAAAUAGCCUGGUUUCUGAAAUCUAAGCUGGGUGCAUUGCAUCCCACGCCAAUAUCAGUAAUAAAGACUGAGCCAAAAUUUGUCUUCAUUUAUAGCUGUUCAACCCCUUCACUCUCUAUGGGGUUGCACAGGUGUAAGGGAGGACAGAAUUUGGCCCUGUAGUUGAAAUUUGAUUAAUUGACACUGUGUGAACCAUAACAGAAUCCAGCUCACUCUCCCAGAGCUGUUUUGCUCUGCAGGGCUAACAAGAGGAAAAAUUCAGGGAGCAGAUCUACUGAGGAAGAGGUGACCAUUCUCAGACACAGCCUCUUUUCAAAGUAGAAUUGCACUUGAAGGUCUCUAUGCCUCUGCUUUCCCUUGGGUACAUCUUACCUACCUCACAGAAGUAUUUGAUGCUUAGGUCAUCAACAGCUGUAGGGCAUUUGAGAUCAGCUGAUGGAGCAUGUAUAGAAAAGUACAAAGUAUUUUUAAAUCAUUGCCUUCCUGCAGAGUCUCUGAAGCCAGCCCAGCUACCUUACCAGGACUGGGUUAUGAAAGCCAGUCCACCUGUAGGCUCUCUUCCCAUAGUUAUCACUUAGAGCUGAUUUGUAUCAUUUGUGAUGCUUUAUGGAAGCAUUAUUAACUAAGCUCUUAACAAGAUCUUGAUAGUCUGAUGUAUUUCCCUAUAUCUGAUUGCUCUUUUCCCCUUCCACAGGCAAGUUAGCUCCUGUUCUUUUGCCUCCUGCCUGAAGACACUCCUGAAUAAAUGUUUCCCGUGCAUUCAUGACUGUGUUUGCUAAAAUUUUGGGGGUGCUAUUAUCUUAAGGUGACCAGAUUUUUGAAACAAGUAUCAACUGAGAUGGGAGGGUUGAGCAAACAAGGAAGUGCAGGAGGGAAUGGCAGUUCAGAAGGACAGGAAGUAUUUACAGGUGAACAUACACAGCUUCUUACCUCCCCCUCUAUGUAUUUGUUCUCAUUCUCUUCCCCCACCGCUCAUACACUUUUCCAUAAGAUGUAUAAGAAUCAUUGCACUAACCCUCCGCUCUGGGACAGACAUGAUUUCUUCAGCAAACUUCAUAAUUAUUUUUAAGUGAUCCUAUUCAAUUGAAACUACUGGGGAAUUAACACAGAUUUAAGAUUGUGGGGCUGUUUAAGACAUAGUUGCUAGUAGGAUUUUAGGUAGAAAAAAGCCACCCCUUCUGUAGAAGGCUUUAUUUCGUAGCUGUAUCGUGGAGGUGGCUUUAGAGAGAAAAAUUAGUCACUAAUAGCAUCUAAAUACUUCAAAUCAAGUUUCAGGCCUGACUGUGCUAGGCACCGUACAGACGAGUAACAGGUAGAAUGUUCUUUGGGACAGGAACUGUUAAGCAGGAACUGUGGCCUAUUGGUUAGACUAUGGGCCUGAAGGUUAAAACUUCCAGGUCCUAUUCCCACCUCUGCUACUGACUCAUUGAAUAACCUUAAGUAAAAGGUCAUCUAACCUCUGUGGCUUAAUUUCCCAAUCUGAAAAUGAGGAGGAUACCUACUACACAGCAGAGGGGCUGGGAAGCUUAUUGUUUGUAAAAGCACCUUUUAAAAUCCUUAGGUGAAAGGGGCUAUAACAAGGGUAAUUUUUACUUACUAAAAAUCAGUUUCUCCAAGGCCUUUGCUCUGUCAGCCAAGAGAGAGUGGGUGUAAGUCCUACCAGCAGCAAAGGAAAACUCAGGAGUGAUAUCGCUCCUCCCAUGGAGAAGACUGGCUGAGCAUGGCCAAUUUGAAACUUCUAGAGCUCUGAAAGUAAAUCUGCAUCGAAUAUCCUGAGUAUCUCCAGAUCCACAUACACAACAAACAUUGGGUGAUGUCUGAGUUUGCGUAACUAGGGAAACCAUCCUUCUGCCAUUUAAGUCAAAGGGAACAUUGACAUUGAUUUCAGUGAGAGAAGUAUCAGGACCUGUGUUAGCAAGUUAGAAACAACCCUUCUUCAGUAUCAGUGUGUCAGCCAGUCUGAAUUUCCACAGCUGCACCUAACUCCAGAUGAGCACAAAUUCCUGCUUCAGGUCCAAUAGCUGCGGCUGAACUAGAGCUUAUCUUCUAGAAAAACAUCCAAUCUUGAUUUUAACAGUUCCAGUGAUGGAGAAUCCACCACCACCCUUGUUAAGUUGUUCCAGUGGUUAAUUACUCUCACCCAUUAUUUUGCCUAUGCUUAUGCUACACAGCAGAACUACAAGCGGUGCAGGGGAAGGGGGGAAAUCUAGCAAGGGUAUUUCCCAUUCAUUAAAAUCACCAACUUUUUUACUGCAAUACAAGUUGAUCAGAAAUCACCAUCUAAAUUUAGUUUUAAAAGGGUCAUAAGUGAGAGUAAAAUGGCAAUUAAAAAAUUCAAUUGUCAAAACAGAUAUUCAGUUCUCUCUUUAAAUACCUCUUUUAAAUGUCAACGGCAAGCAGUUAUCACUUAUCAGUUCUUGCAAUAUAAAAUGGAGUGCAGUUUAGGAUUUCUGAGAGUAGUAUGAAAAUAAGGAAUUUGCACUUACUGUAAAUGUCUGCCAGUCCAAUCAAAAGUUAUGCUAUAUGGAAGAUAAAUGUCCUAGCAUUUGUUUGUGCAUUUUCAUAUGUUGAUCAAUACGUUGUUCCGGCAGCUGUAUAGGUCUGAAAAGAGAAUCUCUGCUAUGCUAGGUGAGCUAAGUGACUCUACAAGAGGAAAAGCGCAAAGAAUCUCCCAAAAAACAAAACAAAAAUUGCAGGGUGGGCAGAAAGGCAUGUGUCAUCUACCAAGCAUUUACAAACAUUGUCAUUCACAACUUUGUGAGAUGGGCAAAGUCUCCCAUUUUACAGAUGGGAAAAUGGAGGCACAGCAAGGGCUCAAGUGCUUUGCCCAAGGCCAAAGUCCAAGUGUUGGGAACUCCUGAUUUCUAAUCCCAACUUUGACUCCCAGUCCUGUGCACAGACCAGGUCUUAUUGCACUAGUAUAGAUCUAAAAAUCCAGUUUUAACAUCAUUCUUUACGUAGUGUAAGCCGGAAUACUUGGUUUCUGAUCCAAUCAAACUACUGUAUUAACUUUGAGGUUAACGUAGUAUCAGUUCACUUUCAGUUUUGUGUAUUAAAUAUCACAACCCUGCCACCCAAAAAGCUAACAGCUGUUGCUCAUGUCCAAGAGUUCCUAAACUGUAGCAAAUUACUGAAUAAUUCCAAAACUAACUGCCUCAGUCCUGUUCAUUAAAUUUCCUCAAGGACUCUUGAAUGGAAAAAUUGGAAGUUUCUUGAGAAACUUCAGUUUUGCAAUAACAUGACAAUGGUCUUUUGGAAGAUUUUUUCAAAGAUAAGUUGCAAAAACAGUUUGUUCAAAUUACUUUAGUUUCUAUAAAAAAGUUCUCUUCUACACAAUGGAUGACUACGACUUCAGAUCGAGCGAAGUUUGAGAAGGUUGGUAGGGUAGGAAGAGACAAGAAUCAGCUUAGCAACAGCAACCUAGUGGCAAUGUUGGAAAGAAUACUAUCUUGCCAUAAAUCCAGUUGACACUGAGUAGAAAUUGAGGUAGUUGGAAUGUAAUUAUCCAAACAUAGCUCUGUAAUAAAACUUUGCUUUAACUUUGUUUUCCAAGUUCACACAAACACAAGAAACCUGGGAAGCAGCCAAACUAGCUUACUUUGUGUUCCUCAAGUUCCUGAGAGAUCUCCUCAAGUUCCUGAGAGAUCUCCUUGAUCACCUGCUUUUCCUUCUGAAGACAAAUACAGAUAUAAGUAGAGUAUACAGGAUCCCAACAAAAUCCAGCUGUCUGUAUGCAGCAUACUUCUGUAGUUCUGGUCCAAUUUAGAAAUGGGAUGGAAUCAGUUAAAAACCUAUAUCAAAUCCAAAAUAUCCCUUAGGUUAAAGAUUUGGUUUUUAAAAGUUUAAGUCUGGAGACACUGUAACCAACAGGAUGCUGCAUAUAGGCCAUCCAGAAGAGAGCUGGGAUCAAGUCAGCAAUUAGAAAGUCAAGGAUUCGGCUAGACCUGAAAAAAGUCUUACAGGGAACCACAACAGGGAGUGUGGUGGAAGCUCAGCAGCCCAAAAGAUUAGUUCUGAGUGAGGUGGCAGAGUCAUGGAGGCCUCUAGUGGUCAGGUCUAGGAAGCAGCACUAAAGAACGCAACAAGAAGGUCAAAAAGAGUUGGCUUUUCAGUCUACGUGGCAGCAGAACUGGGAGGAAAGCCAUGGCUGGUGGAAGGAUGAUUCUUAUUUAUGGUUGUGUUUAUGAGCAUUAGAAAGUAAAGAGGAUUCUUUAUUUCUCUACCUUUGUGGAAAUAUAUAUUUAAUUAUUUUUAUUCUGGAAAGAACAGGUUUUGAAUGUUAAACUUGGAUUGAGAUAUGUAACUAUAAAAGAAAGUCAAGAUUCUGUUUCUGCUGUUUUUCUGCCAUUUAAAUUCUAUAGGAAAAAUUCACCCAAGUGCAGAGGGUCCAAACAAGGCUUCCCACAUCACCUGACUCUCACAGUAAGGGAUUAAAGUGUGCAUAAAUCCUCCAUUAUGGGGAUGAAGUUUGUCCCCAUACAAGUAGUUGAUCUGUGCAAAAAGAAUAUGAUCUCUCUGACAGAAUCAAACAGUCCAAGUUGGUUCAUGCAUUUAAAAGUGUUAAUUUUUAUGCUCAAAGUAUUUUUAAAAGAGUUGCAUUUGUGCUCUUUCAGAUUUUCAUUCUGAUUCCAAUUGUUGUAAGAGUACAGAUCAGCUUCUGAAACAUCCUUUUGCUAAUUUGUAAUUAAGAAUGGCUGUCCCAUUGCAUUUGAGAAGUCGUUCUAUGGGUCAGUUGGUUCUUCAGUGCAUACAAUUCCCUAAGCUGUGCAUACAUUCUUAUGUAAAAAGUCCCAAAGUGGAAUUUGUUAUGCAGACACAACCUUAAUCAUAGUAAAACUAGCUGGCAAAAUUCUAAUACAAGCCAGACCUCUAAGAUGAUUCUAACUGGGCCAUCUGCAGUAGAUGUAAACGUGUUCCAAGAGCUAGACACUUUUCUGUUUUCUUUGGGGGACUUCAAACACACUCAAUUUCUCUUUGGGAACUUCAGGUAUGGUAUCUGAAGCUGACAUCUGGAAUAAAGUCACAAUGGUAAAUGCUUUCUUUCUGGAAAGGAUAGCCCACUGUACCAUUGUGAUGUUCAGCUAUCAUUGGUUGCUUGUAGAAGAUGAACAGCAGCAUUCUGAUCACAGUCCUACCCUCUAGACCAGCAAGCAAAGCUAUGUAGAAGACGAGUCAAAUAUCCAGACUACUUGCAGGUAUCUCUGGGUAUGUAGAUAAUGCUUGGAUACCAAGUAGUAGGAUUGGCACAGAAUUAACACUGAAAACUACAUGUGCAGUUAAAUUACUGGAUUAUACAUAGCUAUGACAACAUCAAAGCAAUUUAGCAAAGAGGAAAAAAUUGCUCAUGCUAUCUAUAAAAAUGGAUUAUAGAAAUAUAAAGGACUCCAUCAGAAGCGCAGGACAUUUAUCUGUUUUAUAACAUACUCAAUGCUAUUAAACACUUGGACCUCUGAAAGUGCUUUAAUGCUAAUCUUGUUUCUGCACAGCUCACGUUUAGUCAGUAUAGGUUAGCCGCACAGAUCCUUCACCCUAAGGGCGCAGCUUGCAGAGAGCUCAACGCAAAGUAGUGCAAAACAAUACAUUUUUAUUUGUUCACAGUUAAACACAAGCAACUGCCUUGACAUUUUAGAACAUUCUAAUAAGGACAGCAAAACCUCCUUUUGGUUUAAAGUUCUCUUUAGCUUAGAUUGUACCAUUUUUCCUUGUAUUUCAUAUUUAUGGCAUUUAAAUGUGGAUUGUUUAACAUGCUUA